CAUCAUUUUUUCUUUUCAGCGACAAGCUCAGCAUCAAAUUCGAAUCGAGUCAUCGUAGACGUUUAGCGUAUUCACCAAAAGGCCCCAUCGGUUUCCUUCCAGUUCCCAAGCUUCAAGAUCCACUUCAUAACCCCGCCCCCACCCAUGCCUUCCGAUGCCGAGAUCGCUCAGGAAAUUCUCGCCGAAGAAUCUUCUCUCCGAUUUACAUCAUUCAAAUCGGAAGAUGCGGUUACGAUAGGGAUGAACCUUCGCAAGAGAUUUAGAGCGAGCGUUAAAUAUGCAAGGGGGCGAGGAGCCGUUUGUAGCAUUCAGACAAUUCAAGGCUCGCCGCUCUUCUCCUGCUCCAUAGGGGAUGGAUCCGACAUCUCGCCGGACUCAUGGGCUCGUCUGAACGCCAUGAUGAACGUCGUCAAACGGACUGGGCACUCAAGUUUUUAUAUUGAAAAGGGGAGAAGCGUGCUUGGGAGGAGUGCGGAAGAGUUGGGUUUGCCCUUUCCGGAGUACAGAAUCGAAGGGGGUGCAUUUCCUAUUUGGCUAGUGAAUACUAAUGCGCUUGACUUCUUUUUUCUGCCAUUCCCAUUUCCCAUUUUUGUGAUUUUUCCUUGAGGUGUUAAGAACUGUCAAAUAGCACCUAUGGGGAUCAUUGCCAUCUAUUCUGGGUCUGCACUGGAUGAUCACGCAAUGAUCGUGAGUACGUUGAAGCAUUUCUUCGUGAAAGGAGGUGGAAGUGGAGUUGGUGGGAUUGCGAUGGGUGGACCGGGAGGUGGGGUGCCAUCGACGAGAGAUGUUCCCUCGCCUGAACGCGAUGUUGCGUGAGAGCUGAGGAGAGUUGGGGGAAACGAGUGAGAUUAUUUGGUGUUUGGUGACUAGUACGUGGUCGUACAACAUAUACGGAGCACUUGAAGUGCAAUAAAUAUAAAUGGACUAAUUGUUCCAUAAUUUCUACGGUGGACACGGCUUAAUGAGAGUGGGCCAGCUACACGCACUGAGUGCACUACAGCGGUAUUAGCAUGCA